AUGCUGGUGUGCGGAGGGCGCUUGUGGUGGUCUUUGCCGACGAUUCCGGUCCCCCCGUUGACAGUAGACGGCGGGGAUCGUCCCCGCAGUGACCAGUUGAGCGUGCCGUGGUUACGUGCACGGGUACGUGCUGAGCGGCCCCUGCAGUGCGGUGGUCGGACGUUACGGUUUGUGCGUGGCGGUGGCGGGCUUGCCUCUGCGCAGCUGGCGAGGGAGUGGCGUGAGUUUGUGACGGAGGGGGGUACCGAUUGUUACUACGUGCACUGUGUUGUUGGGACGGAGGUUGUGCGCGAUGCUACGGAGUUGCAACUGCGGGAUGCCGCAGAGGAGGCCGCGUUACAAGAUGGGAGUGCGCAGGUGGGCGGCGAGAUGGGUGCGAUUGGGUUUGACCGGCUGCGCGGGCUCGGGUUCAGCGAUGAGGAGGUGGAGUUGUUGCGGUCGCAGUUCCGUGCGACGUACGGCGACGUGAUCGAGACGGAGACCACUGGGGGUGGCACGAGGGCUGAAGAGUUGCGACGGUUGGAGGAGCAGUGGAUGGAGAACGACGCGGUUGCGGACGACGACCGGUUCAACGCGAUCCCCGCGAGCAACUGGCGACACAACUGGGACCUUCUCACUGGGAUCAGUGUUGGGUUUGGUCUUGGCGUGUUCAGCCUGAUACUGCUCCGUUUUGACGGGCUGUUCAACAAGCGGCAGCACAUGUCGAUCGUCGCGGGCGUACUGAUCAAUUUUGUGUUCUGGGUGAUGAGAGGGUUCUAG